AUGUCCGUUGCGCUCGACGAGAACACCGUUUCGAUCCCCCUGUGGCCAGUGAACGGAGUGCCGACGAGGUCGACGGGUCAAAUCCUGCAGGCCACGCUGACUGGUAAGGAGACGCCACGGUUCACACUAACGUUCUUUGAUCCCCAGAACCCAACGACGUUGUACGCAUGUACCAGCAGCUCGCUAGUUUAUGCGUUUUUCCUAAACAAAAAUGUGGUCAGAUUGUUCAUAGCCCUUGAAUGUGCCAUAACGGCCAUGACAUGCUUUAGUUGCUCAGGAAGUUCUUUAUUUGUUUGCGCCACUGGUGACAAUUCUCUCGUUUGGGUCGAUUGCGCCAGCGGCCGGAUAGUGAAAAGAAUGAAGACACCGCACCAACACGCGGUCAACAUGAUCAGAUUAUCGCAUGUAAUUGGAGACCACCGGUCUAUCGUCACCGCAUCACGGGAAUCACUGGCUGUUUGGGAUGUAGCGCGGAUGGCGUGCCGCAUGUGCAGUAAUGGGAAAUCGACCAAGGAAAAGCGUGAAUUUUUGAGUAUCCAUACGGGCCGACAAUCACUGUUAACAGUUGAACGGUUCGGUCGCGUAACAAUGUGGGAGCCAUCCACAUUAUCGCCAAGUAAGUCCAUAAUGCUGGCUAUGCAGCCACGCGCGUCUGCUUUCUGCCAAAAGUGUUUAGCUAUUGGUGGACCGGGCCCCCUGGUCGGCCUGCUGGAGGUGGAGGGUUUGACUCCCAUCGGGUGCGUUCAACUUUCAACAGCACCAGUGGCAACACGGUCUCUUUUUAUUAUUAACGACACUCUUCUUGCGUGUGAGCUAACCAGCGGAACGGUAGUCUUCGUUGUUAUCGGUAAUUACACAGUGUCAUUUUCCCUUGAUGCACCGCAUACGGGAGCAGUUCCAAGAAAAAUGACGAGUUUUUCUCUGUCUGGGCCAUCGUUUGCCGCUUUUGCGCAAGGAGAGAAGUUGACAAUCUUCCAUUUGCCUACCGCACGGCAACACUACGUCCACCGAGAGCGAUUAGGAGGUGGUUAUUCUGACUCAACGUUGCCGGCUCGGUUGCAUUCGUUCGUGCAGGGGAAGAGCAACGCAUACAGAGAGGGUGCAUCACGAACAAGCAAAAAGUGCGCAAGAGACGAGAACCCUGGCAGUGACGUGGAACUUCCACGACCUAAUCUUAGACCUGCCGAUAAGGACGUGAAUAAGUGGGUUAAAGUGAAGGCGCUUCCUGCUGGGGUGCAAGAUGAGGUCAAGUCCACAAAAGGCAGCGCGGGAGGUCGUGUUGAGCCCCUUGAGCGUACAGGAAAGGAUCGGAAGGUGGAGAAAGGCAUCGGUCCCAGACCAAAAGGUGGAGUAGAACUGUCACUAAGACCCUCCUUAGACGAGGAGUCUCGCAAAGCAAAUAUGAACCACCUCCAGCAGCUGUUGCUGCGCUACGGACUUUUUCCCGAUACGUAUCGUGCGGUCACAUGGCGGUUCUUGCUGCAGCUACCCGACAAGCGCUUUACAGCGUCGCAGUACGCGCAGUUGGCAAGUAAGGGAACACACCCUUCCGCGCAUAUCCUCAUGAAACCGUUUCGUCUUGCCAAUGAUGGUGUUCAGACUUCAAUGGAAAAGGCGUUGUCUGUUUUGGUGUGGCACGUGCCCAUGUUUGCGGCCAUCCACUUCCUACCCAUGGUUGUAUAUCCUUUCUUGCACCCUUUCGAAGGUGACGUGCAGUCAGUGGUAGAGGUCGUCCUAGUCUUCUUAUCGAACUGGGGGAAGGAGUUUUUUCAGUUUUACCCGCAACAGCCCGUUGCCCUUACUACGCUUUUAGACCGUCUCCUCCGCGCGGAGGACGCAGAACUACACAGACAUCUUUCAAUGUCCGGUGUUUUGGUAGAAGAAUGGGGAUGGGAGCCGCUGCGGUCAAUAUAUAGUGAUACCGUGAAACCUGCCGAAUGGUUGCAAGUACUGGACCACACCUUUUUCAACGAACCCUUAUGGUUCUUUCUUUUCCAUAUUCGCUGGAUGAUAAGCAUUCGCAGUGACAUCAUGAAAUUUCGAGAUCAGAGGGAAAUUAUGAACUCUAUUUUGACUACACAUGACGUCGAUGUAAACCGCAUUAUCGGUGAGACGUACCGCCUGCAGGCACGCUGUCCUAGGGGGGAACUGACCAAUCCCUACAGCAAACUCGAAACCCUUGCGAACUAUGCGUACCCUACGUUGUGGAAGUACAAUGAAGAGAAUGUCGAAAGGAAACUCAACGACAUGAAAUUAUUGCAGGAGCAAAUAGAGCGGAGUAAGGCCUCCAGUCAGGAGAUUGCGAAAAUUUGUGACCAACUUGCCCAGGCUGAUGUUUUGGAGGAGGUAUACGUCAGGAAACAGCAGGCAGAGGCGGCGGCGCGCGUCAGCGCCAAGGCGGAUAGUUGGAAGGGCGAGGUUGCACGUGAAAUGGAAAGGCAAUACACCCGCGACAUGGAAAAAAUGCUUCGUUUGCGACAGAUGCGUCAGCAGAUCGAGCAGUCCGGCCGUUUAGAGGUACUUAACGAAGAACUGGAGUGUGCCAACAUUCAGGUCGACCACUUACAUGAAAUACGCCAAAGGGAAGCAACACACUGGACGCUGGCAGACCAGCUGUCAGAACAGGAGUUACUGCACCUCGAGGAAGCAGCCCGCAAUCGGCUGAAGGGGGCAAAAAAGGCCGUUGAAAGCGGCACCGUGGGGGCCGAACGGUCACCAGUGACUGAUGGUGGUGAGUUCGGGGCAGUGAAAUCAAGGAUGACAACAGCAACACCAGAUGUAGUAAGUGUUGUCAGGCCCCUGUCCGCAUCUCCCGGAGAACAGCAGUUAACUUACGACCUCGGCAACCCCAUGAAUGUUUAUCGGGCGCUACAGAACUCCGCGGCACGGGAAAUGGUUGGUCGCCGGAUACCUUCAGAGACUGGCGGUAAACGAGUGCAGCGUUCUUACGAUGAUACGCAUGUAGCUGAGGUUGUUUCUACCGUCGGUGCUACUUUUCAACGGCAACAUGGAGACCAUCUCAUAGCCGCUUUUGGCAAAGCCAGUGAUAGUCGCAGUGAGAGGGGUGCGGCUCUUUACGAUAACCUCCUUCCUCCGGGCGCAUCACCGAGCGAAACCCAAACGUUGUGUUCAUCAGACCUGAAUCGCCACACAACCGAACACCGGCAGACGAGUGAGAGUUAUGAACCGUCGUCCGCUGCCACUGUUUUGCUCCGCCCUCAGGACCCUGGUGCGUACCGGCUACAACGCUGUUCGCGGUAG